CCCGUUUUCGACUAGAACGGUGUUUCCUCCGAUGUUUUUUUUAAAAAAAAUCCGAUCCCGAAAGCGCCAACAGUUUCCCGCGAGCGAUUACGCAAACCCUAGUUUUCGCUCGCGCGCCCGGUUCAUCAGAUCUCGAGUUUGCGCCGCGAUCCGGCGCACGCAUAUUGGCGACGAUGGCACCGAUCAUGGAGGCGCGCGGGCUGGGGCAGGGCCAUCAGGUGCAGCAAGAUUUCGACUUCUUCUUGGUGGUGGACUUCGAGGCGACAUGCGAGAAGGACGCGCGGAUCUACCCGCAGGAGAUCAUCGAGUUCCCGGCCGUGCUCGUCGACGGCGCCACCGGCCUCAUCCUAUCCGCGUUUCGCAGGUACGUUCGCCCCAGACAUCGGCCUGUGCUGAUCCAGUUUUGCAGGGACCUCACCGGCAUCCGGCAGGAGGACGUAGGCGGCGGUGUGGAUCUCGGCGAGGCGCUCUGGCUGCACGACGCUUGGCUGAAGGCGGCGACCGCGGGGGCAGGGAACAAGAGACCCGUCCGCUUGGCCGUCGUGACCUGGGGGACUGGGAUCGAGAAGCCCUCCUACUUUGAUCGCUGGAUCAACCUGAGGAUCCCCUUCCAGGCGGCGCUCGGCGGCGGAGGGCGGGUCAACCUGCAGGAGGCCGUACGGGCGGCGGGACUGGACUGGGAGGGCCGCCUGCACUGCGGACUCGACGACGCGCGCAACACGGCGCGGCUGCUUGCUGAGAUCAUGCGGCGCGGGGUCAAGAUCACCAUCACCGGCUCGCUGGCGCCGCCGCCGCCGCAGCUGCCGAUCCAGAAGCAGCCGACUCGCACAAGCCCUUGCGGUGGCUCAUCGGUGCUGGCGCCUCCGCCGAUCCAGCAGCAGCCGCCUCACACAUGGCCUUGCGGUGGCUCAUCGGCGCCACCGCUUCUGCCACCGAUCCAUCAGCAGCAGCUGCCGCAGCGUCACAUAAGCCCCUGCGGUGGCUCCUCUGCGACGUGCUUGUGCUACUGCGGGGUGGCGACCAGAGGUGGCGUGGUGCCGGUGCCAGGGCCAGGGCCGAUGCAAGUCAACUGCUUCUUUGGGUACGGCAACUGGAUGCCGGCCAUGGUAUAGCUUCGUGUGGACCAGGACCAACUGAGCGAACGAGCCACGGCAUGAGACUGAGCAGUGUAGCUCAGCUGUUAGUGUUAAAUUGUUAAUCCAGUGUAGCCAUCAGUGUCAGAGUCUGAGCUGGUUCUACUCUAGUCCUAGUCUAGUGGUCACUGAAAUCGAACGUGACCUCAGCAAUAGGUGUCUAUUCUUCGUGUAAUUGGUCUGGAUUAUUAUCAUUAA